ACUGACGGCUCACUUCACCGCGGUGCUUCACCCUCUGUGGGACUCCGCCCGGGAGGCAGCAGGGGGGGCUGGAGAUCUUAGGAUUGAUCUAAAUAUUUUAAGAUGAAUUUAAUUUUUCAGACCGCGGUGUCCUGUUGCUGAUGGCACCGUUAGCAAUCUCUGCUCAGCUGCUGUUUCAGCCAGCGCGCCUAUAAAAAGAAGCGCAGUUAAAGAAUGAAUUUCUGGAAGAGCUCUUCAUCUGUUUACUUUCACAAUCUCUGCCGCUCAGAUAAUCACAGAAACGCUGCUGAUUAGGAGGUCAUCAGUGUCAAAGUGAAGGAAACCUGAGGACAUCAGAGAAGCUGCUAAACCUCUAACAGAUCAUCGUGUGCUUCUUAGUAAUACUGAUGAUAAAGUUGACAUUGGAAUAAAGUAAAUGUGGCUCUUUGCUGCUGCUUCUGUAUCUCAUCUGGUUCACCGCUUCAGCUCUCAUCUCUGUCCUCAUGGCUACAGUAUACGAGUCCAAAGACAUUUCCAGAGCGUUCAGAACUCUACAAUGAUCCGUGUGACAGCCAGACGAUCCUUUAUCUCUCAGUGGGAUCCAUUAAGUAUCCUGGUUUUCCACACAGCUGUCGUCCUCACCCUGAUACACCCAUGCAGAGGUCAGUCAGAGGUUAUCGGUUCUCCUCAGCCAGUAGUGGCAAUGAUUGGUGAUGACGUCAUUUUGCCGUGUCACCUGGAACCUGUAAUAGAUGCUUUUGGCAUGACUUUGGAGUGGGCGAGACCUGACCUAGACCCCAGAUUUGUCCUGGUGUGGCGUGAUGGUGUGGACCUGGAGUCUAAAAAACAUCCACUCUAUGACAGAAGAUCAUCACUGUUCACACAUGAACUGCAGAGUGGAAACAUUUCACUCAAGAUCUCCAAAGUCAAACAGUCUGAUGGAGGAAGGUACAGAUGCUUUGUUCCAGAGUUGGAAAGAUACACUACAGUUCAGCUUGUUGUUGGUGCUGCUUCUUCACCUGUUGCACAGAUAAGCAGAACCAGCAGCAGGGUGGUGUUACAGUGUGAGUCUGCAGGCUGGUAUCCAGAGCCUGAGCUGCUGUGGUUGGACGGUGAGGGAAACCUCCUCUCUGCUGGACCUACAGAGACCCUCAGAGGUCCUGAUGACCUCUAUACUGUCAGCAGCAGAGUGACUGUGGAGAAGAGACACAGCAACAACAUCACCUGCAGAGUCCAACAGAAGAUCAUCAACCAGAGCAGAGAGACACACAUACAUGUUCCAGAUGAUUUCUUCAUGUUCAUCAGUCCUUCUGGUCCUCCCAGUAGUCCAGCUGGUAAUUCAAAUAUCAUCACUGGGUUGGUCAUCGGUGUUGUUGUUCUCCUCAUUCUGGUUCUUGCUGUUUUCUUUGUUUUAUGGAAGCGGAGACGAAUCAAAUGCAAAAACAAGACAAAGGACGAAAAGUCGAUGGACUCUAAACAUGUGGAAGAAGGAGAAACUCAGCCGUUAAUGCAAGCAAGAGAAGAAGAGACUGCUGUGGACAUCACAGGAGAGAGGACAAACACGUCUCCUGUUCGGGAAAAAAAUAACAAGAAACAACAAAAAAUGAAACAAGAAACACAUGAAGAAGAAGAAGAGCUGAGAAGAAAAGAAGAAGAGGAAGACUUGGACAGCAGAGGAGAGCAAAGCCAUAAAGAUGAAGGAGAAACCCAACAAGUUCACUUUGUAUCAGAAACAGAGCAAAAAAGUGACGUCUGCAGUCCAGAAGAAAAGAGGAUAAAUCCAUCUGUGGUUAUUAAAGAAGACAAAUUUACAACAGAAGAAGAAACACAUGAAGAAGAGGCCGUAACAGGUAGAGGAGUGAAAGCUGAGGGAGGUGAAGGUGAAGCAGAGACAAAGAUGGAGGCAGGAAAAGAAGAAUCAGGACUUCAGUCAACAUGGACAGAAAAACUCAAAGAGCAGCAGCUGCUGGUGAGAGAAGCUCCAUCCUUUAAAUUCACAGAAGCACGAAAGAAGCCAGAAGAAAACCAGAGAGAAGAAGUGGAGGCAAAACCACAGAGGGAGGAAAACCAGAGGAAACUUCAGUCAGAGAGAAGAAUGGAACAAGACAAAGAUGAGACAAAACUCAAAACACUGAAAAACAAAGACACACAAGAUCACAUGGAAGGAAAAGAAGGAUUUGAUCAAGAUAAAAACCAGCUUAAAUUUCAGCCAGAGACAAAACCUGAAACAAAGAAAGUGGAAACAAAACUCAAAAAACAGAAAGACAAAAACAAAGCAGCUCCAAAAAAUCAAGACAGAGUUGAGGGGAAGUCGAGAGGCAACAAAAUAAAAGGUCAAAAUAAAAACAAGAAGACAGAGAACAAACUUCUCCCAGUCAGCAGUGAAGUUCCAGAGAGGACAGAUCUCACAGUUCAAGAAGAAACAGCAGAGGAAAACAAAGAGAAGGAGAAAGAAGAAGAAAUGAGAGCGCAGCCAGAGGAUCUGAGAAGAUCUGAGAGUAAAAAAGGAGCACAGGAAGAGGUGACGGAGAAUAAUGAAGGAAUCCUCACUGAUGAAACAUGCAGGAAGGAUGAGGACAAAGAAAAACUACAACAAGGAAAAGAAAGAGAGCCGAGGACAGAAGAACACCUGGAUAUGGAUGAAAAACCUAUCAAAGAGCAGCUGGAGGAACCUGUCAGUGUCUCAGAGGGAGGAGUCACCUGUCAGGAAGAACCACAGGAGGAGGAGCCAAUGGAGUUUGAGGGAAACCCUCACAUAGAUCAGAACCGUAUCAAGGGAAGAAAAUAUGCACAAGUAAGAGUCCUCCAUACAGAUCAGCAGCAGACAGGCAGGAGGAAGAAACACCAGGAAAAACAUGAACAUCAGGGACGGAACUGCAAAAGACGGAAAGAUUUUUGGGAGGAAGAAAAUGAUCCUCUGAUGGAGGUUGAAGGAGACGCUAACAACCAAGAAGAUGUUCCAGCUGGAAAGAGGGUGAAGUUUCAGCCUGAUCAAGAACUUAUGUGUCAGGAAGACCAACAGGAGCUGAUGGACACACACUAACUUCAAACUACGUUUGGCAGAUACGCAGCUCCUUACAAGAAACCCAAGGACGCUGUACAAAGAGUGUAAUGGAUGUGUAAGUGAGUAGGAGGAUCUUGUAGGUAAUGUGAGACCUUACCAGGAGCAACUGGAGGUAAAAGGUUGGGGGUGGUGUGUUACCAGUAUUAGUGUGUAUUAAGAGUUCUGGACAUACUGGAGCCUGUCCAGAGCUUUACUGGAGAUACUUGAGGGUAACCAUUUAAUAAUUUCAGCUCCUGCAUUUCCCAUUUGGGAAUAGAGUAAUCCAUGAUUUUACAUUACACAUUACAGAUGUCACCUAAACACAUCAAUGCAGUUAAUCAUAAAUUAGUUUUAAUGUUAAAAUUAAAGCUACGUUUCUUUAACAUUUAGUACUUACUGUAGCUGUGAUGGUUAAACUCAGAGUUAAAAAGAUUUGACUGUGCUCACAAAUAUAGCCCAUCAGUCAUGUUUGUGUGUUUGUGGAGCAGGGAGCACACACUCAAACAUGCUCUUUUGAUUUUCUGUAUUCAUGGUCCUUUGGUGCCCUCUGUUGGCUUCUUGACACACGAGGCUGAUCACACUUCCACAGUUUCAUCAACCAGUUACUGGAGUUACAGUAAAUCCUUUGUGGAAUUCUUGUGUGGUUACAUUUGUGGAUGUCAGGUUUUGUCCGGCCUCUCUGGAACAUUCUAGAAGGCGAGGCCAUUUUUAGUGGUGCCAGUGGAUCGUUUCCUGGGACGACCUGUUUUUCUGCAUCUGCUGGUCAGUUUGUGGUUCCAGUCUAGCACAUCAGCAGCUAUCUAAUGGAAAGCAGUAACACUUUAUACAUUCCAGAGGCCUUAACUCCUACUGACCGUCCUCUUGUUUUAUAUGUGGGGCUUUAAGUUGAACAAGCCAAAAUUAAUUCUGUUGCUCUCAUGUAUAUGAAAAUGACAGAUUUUUUUAAAAUAAUGUAUUAAAAUGUAUUAAACAUAUUCAAGGAGAAGCUACAGAUUCUUUUGUUCUUCAGAUCUGGAUUUUUGUCCAUCUCAAGAUUUGUUGAAGAGGCAAAAAAGCAGUGAAUAAUUACAAUCUUUUUAUCGACUGCUUAUGAAAUCAGACAUCUGAGUACAGGCACGUCUCGCUGCCUCCGCCUCUCAUGACUGGACAUCGGUCGACUGAGAUGCAGCAUUUCAGGAGAUCAAAUAUCUCAUUUAGUAUCUCUUGGAAUUAACUGCCAAGCAUCACAACAUGCUGAGGGGUUACCUGCAGUAGUCUGUACAGGCACAGGCAGCAGCUUGGCCUGAGCCACUGACUUCUGCAACACUAUCAGAUGACAACCUGAAGAGUUGCUGGUGAAAUUCUUUGUUCUAACACAAAUGCAGGUGACUGAUAUGUGCAUGGGAGUGUGAGGACCUAUGGGGUGAGAUGAAAACUUGACCCUAAUAAGUGAUUGUGGUGUUUCAUCCAGUCAUGGUGAGUAAAUUCUAACAGACCAACUUAGAAUAAAUAAAGUCAGAACUAUUAAGUACUUAAAUCCUUUGUUUCACUGAAAGUAGUAGCAGUAAUAGAAAGUAAAAGUCCUGAUUCUGAGCUUUAAGUCUGAAACAAAAAGAAAAUCUAAAACAAAAGCAGUCGUUUCAACAGAGGUGUUGCCUCUUUCAUGCUUUACAGGUGAGGACUGAACAGGUGUGGUGUUAUGACUGGCAGGUCAGGGCAUAAUCAGAACUGAGCAAUUGUGGGCGGAGUUAAAUCGAGCGGUCUCAUUUCGUUUUGUUAAUCUUUUAAAUGUCAUAGAGGCGCUCGGUGGAUUAGAAAUGUGAUCACAGUUUUGAUCUUGUGUUUCUUUUCCAUGUUGGAGGUUUGGAUAUAAUUUUAAGACAUUUAUCAGUGUCAUUAUGUAAGCUCAAAGCUUUGUGUUCAUAUUUCACAACCAUGGUAAAUUUUAACAUACUUUGUUAAAAGAAAACAAAUGACUGUAUUAUGUGACCUUUUUGAACAAGAUGAAUAAAUCCUUCAGGACUUGAGUAGUAGUUUUUAACUGGUGGUUUGGUUUAUUCAUAAACCAGUACUGCC